CACGCUACACUUCCCUGAGGAGACUCCUCCGCUUUCACUUUGCUAGUGGGAGCUGCGCCGCUUUUUAUGCGAACGGACACUUUUGAAUCAAAAUUCGCAAAAGUGAUAAUGAAGCUUAUUUUUAAAGCACUCCCAGUGACUUUGUUUUUACUCUACCAUGUUGCGCCUGAUAAAGUAUCAGUGUCUUUGAUGGAGGGAGAUUCAGUCACACUACGCACUGAUCUUGAAAGAAACCAACAAGAAUACAUUAAAUGGAAGUUUUUUGACACUCGCAUCGCUCAAAUCGACGGAGAUCUUGGUUUUAUCUGUACAGAUGUUCAGUGUAAAGAUAGUGAUGAGAGAUUCAGAGACAGACUGGAGCUGGAUCAUCAGACUGGAUCUCUGACCAUCAUGAACACCAGAACCACAGACUCUGGAGAAUAUGAAUUGAAAAUUUCAAGCGACGGCAGUAAAAAGAUCUUCAGUGUUUCUGUCACUGAGGUUCCUGCUGCUGAACUAUAUGAAAUAAAGAAGGGAGAAUCUGUCACUUUACAUGCUGGCCAAAUAAAAUACCCAAAUACCACGUGGUAUUUUAAGAACACACUCAUCGCUGAAAUCACUGGAGAUCAGAGUAAGAUCUGUGAAGAUGUUCAGUGUAAAGAGAGAUUCAGAGACAGACUGAAGCUGGAUCAUCAGACUGAAUCUCUGAUCAUCACAGACACCAGAACCACAGACUCUGGAGAAUAUAAACUACACAUCACCAUCAGCGAUAACAGCUUCAUCAUCACCAGAGUAAAGAGAUUCAGUGUUUCUGUCACUGAUUCAGGUCUGUCUUCAGGCGCUGUCGCAGGAAUAGUUGUUGUUGUUCUGCUGCUGGUAGCUGUUAUAGCUGCUGGUGUGUUUUAUCGUCAUCGCAGGAGCCAUGCAGCUGUACCACAACAAUGAGGAUGAUGAUGAUGAUGAUGAUGGUAACUCACUGCCUGAGCCUUAACAUUUGUUUGCGGUACACAGCAAAAUCCCCAGUGUUAAUUUAACACUCUUGAGUGUGGACUCAUAUAAACAC